GUUCGGACUUUUCACCGCUAGGCGAAUCGUCUCGUGUACGAAGGGAAAAUGGCCGAGUACUUGGCUUCAAUUUUUGGCACAGAAAAGGAUAAAGUCAACUGCUCCUUCUAUUUCAAGAUCGGAGCAUGUCGACAUGGAGAAAGAUGUUCACGAUUACACAACAAACCCACAUUUAGUCAGACUGUGCUGUUACAGAACCUUUACCUGAACCCACAGAAUGCAGCGCUAACAGCAGAUGGUUCUCAUAUCCAAAUGGAUGACCUUGAACUGCAGCAGCACUAUGAUGACUUCUUUGAGGAAGUUUAUGUUGAGAUGGAAAAGUAUGGAGAGAUUGAGGAGAUGAAUAUCUGUGACAACCUAGGGGACCAUUUAGUUGGAAACGUCUACGUCAGAUUCCGUUAUGAAGAGGACGCAGAGAAGGCUGUGAAUGACCUGAACAAUCGCUGGUUCAACGGGCGCCCAAUCCACGCGGAGCUGUCUCCUGUCACAGACUUCAGAGAAGCUUGCUGCAGGCAGUAUGAGAUGGGAGAGUGUACCAGAGGUGGUUUCUGUAACUUCAUGCACUUGAAGCCGAUAUCGCGUGAGCUGAGGCGUGAACUGUAUGGUCGUACCAGGAAGAGGGGAGGAGGAGGGGGAGGAAGAAGAUCUCGCUCCAAGUCCCCUGUAGGAUCCCGCCGAAGCCGCAGCAGGAGUCGUGAACGCCCACGCAAGAGGUCCAGGAGCCGAGAACGUCAAGGACGUGACCGGCGCAGAUCACGCUCGCGUGAGAGGGAGAGCAGAUCGGGCAGGUUUUAGAGGAAACCGACUGGAAUUAUUCUUCUCUUCUCAUUGUUUUCAUUCACACAUCAUUUUCUGAGGGAUUUUCUUCCUUGUAUCAUUAGUAUGUCUAAAAUUUGUUCAGAUGAAAUUAGAUGAACCUCUUCCUGCAGAAAUUUCACUUAAUCUCUGCAAAAUGUCUGCUGUUUUAUUAAAAGAAAAAUGUUGGUUUCAGAGAUCACACUUGGUAUCCAUAUUUUAAGACUUUGUUAACCUAAGUUAAUAAACUUAUCCUUAAAAUUACAUGUUGCCUUGAUCAGUAUGUGGUUGACUUCAAUUUGAUUCUGUUAUUACAUGUCUUUGGGGCCAUUUUAAGUGAACCCGCCACUCAGAGUAGAGAUGUUAUUAAAUAGACUUAUCAUUAAUAUUUUGAUAGUAUUGGUCUCUGAAUAAAAUCAUUUUAUCAUAA